UGUGGAUAGUGUAGAGGCGGGUUGAGCUCAGCCUCCCAGGCAUCCGAUGUGUCGCUCAACCUCCGUCCAUCCCGGAAUACGAUAUCUAUCGGAUCUAUCGUGGUUUCCCGUUUACGUGCCGACUCGCUAACACGCGGAAAUGCUUGUCGCGUGACUUUUCCGCGUUGUGAUGCCGCACUUCAGAAAGCUCCCCUCGGCCAAGUCGUCGUUCGCCUUCCUUUCCUGCGAAACAUAACCCCAUUGCUCACAUACUUCUCAUACUAGCCCCUCUCGACGGGAGAACAGGCGGUCGCUCUCCAGCUUCAGCAGCAGCAUAGACAUAGUCUCAGCCUCCCAGCAUAAUGACCACAAAGCAACCGGAAGUCGCCGACGAUGACCUCGACUCGUAUCUCGAUGAUGUCCUCGACGACUUCUCAGCCCCCGUCGCACCACCAUCCAGCACUCAGACGACAGGCACCGGAUCCAUCCCAGCAGCAGACCCAACACUCGACAGCGACUUCACCCGCCAACUAGCGCUGAACAUGGAAGAGCUCUUCAAAGAGAGUCUAGCUGGAGACGACACCGGUGCAGAUACUGAGGGGAUCAAUGCGGCCAUGACGCAGCUUUUGGAUACGUUUAAGGAAUUGCAGGCGCCGGGUGGUGGGCCGUCGCCUUUGGAUGCGUUGUUGGCUUCGGCGGCGGCGGCGGGGUCGGAACCGCCAACUGCGGCGUCAGCGAGACAGGCACCUGCGAAAGCAUCGUCGCAAGCACCAGCAGCAGCAGCAGCAGCAGCAUCACAAACAAAAACCAUCAUCCCACCGUCAGCGUCAUCGACAACAACAACAACAACAACAACAACAUCCAACCCCAACCCCAAAUCAUUCCACGAUGCCGUAUCCCAAACCAUGAACAAACUACGUACGAGUUCCGACAAGGUAGAGGCAGAGGUUGCCGAAAGCGCCAAGCUAGCGGCUCUGACAGGCGGCCUCGUCGGUGACGACGCGGCAAUGGAGCAGAUGAUGAAGGAGCUUGAAGGCCUCAUGAGCUCCGGGGAUUUCGAUAACGUGUUUGGCGGGUUGAUGGAUCAGUUAAUGUCGAAGGAGUUGUUGCAUGAGCCGAUGAGGGAUUUGGCUGCGAGAUACCCGCCAUGGCUAUCAGCCAACGAAAGCACGCUCUCCACCGCCGAGAUCGAAAAGUACAAACAGCAACACGCCUACGUCCUCGAGAUUGUAAAGAUAUACGACGCAUCGACGUCCACGGAGGGAACGCCGGAUGAACAGAAACGCGUUGCUGAGCUUAUGCAGAAGAUGCAAGAAUCAGGCAGCCCCCCCAACGAGAUCCUCCAAGAACUCGCUCCAGGUCUCGAGCUCGGGCCAGACGGGACCCCCAAAUUGGGCGGGCUCGGGGGGUUAGGCGGUGUGCCUGGCCAGGAAUGUAGUAUCAUGUAGCGGUGUGGGGGUAACUAGUGUGGUGAUUAUGUAGGCGAUGCAGAUUCUCAGCUUUUAUGGUAGCCUGCACCGGUUGUCUUGAUGCCCUCACGUUGCUGCUACGGUGUUGUUUUUUGUUCUGUAUACCAAAAUUUUAGAUAGACUGAUUUUAGUCGGAAAUAGCAUCGCAACGUAAGUGUUGCCUCCAAUCGAUUCUAUAUGGUAACUUCACAAAGCCCAUUCGUUCUUCAGUACAUAGAAAAAAGACUCAGGAAACCAAACCAACAAAGAAUGAACCAACGUUGCGAAAUCAAUAAAUAGAAAAACAUAAUAUAGUCUAACGUAAGGUGAGCCCCCCCGUAG